GCGGGCCCAUCAGCGGCACGAUGGUCAGACACUCCCAUUGGACCCGACGGCCCAUGGAACGCGGUCACUGUGACCAUGGGCUCCAGUUCGCCUGGCCAGAACAUUACCAUCUACCCGGGCAAGAUGUGGGAGUCGUAUUUCCCGGGCAGCACUUACUGCCUCUCCACCAUGGGAACCGGCCUGCCCUGUUAUGCGAAUAAUAUCGGUGGUCUCUACAACGAACUCACUGGCACAGGACAGAACCUGGACGUCAACUUCCCGCCCAACUCGUACUUCACCGACAACAUGCCGAUGACGGGUCUGGUUUCUCCCCAGCUAUGGGUCGAGACUUUACAUCUAGGGGGGAAUGCAUCCGCGACGGGGCCGCUGGUGGUGACGAACUUAUCCAUGGCUUUGAUCCGGGACACACAACUGCAGUAUCCCAGCGGCAAGAAAUACCCCAUAUUCGCCGGUUGUCUCGCUUUGGGAGCUGCACCGGGCAUGGCCAACCAGAGUUUUGCAGAUGAAACCGGGACAGGUUCCGGGAGUACCAAUGCAAGCCUCCUGGCCGGAUCUUUGUUCGCCGCAGGAGACAUCGACUCCAACUCGUUUGGGCUGCACAUCGGCUCGAUCAUGCCCACCACCAUCCCUGGCUCCUUGUGGUUUGGUGGUUAUGACAAGAGCCGUGCCGUCAAUGACAUGCUCUCCUUGCCCAUCCGGGAUCCAUACACGUCGUGGACUGCAGCACUGGUCGAUAUAUCCAUCACCGUCAUUGCUGGGGGCUCGCCGUUCCCUUGGCGUUCUAAGUCCGGACUUCUCGCAUCUGGCAAAUCCUCCAUGGAAAUCGACAGGCGACUGGACCUGGAAAUCGACCCCUGUACCCCUUAUCUCAACCUCCCCAAGAGCACCUGCGAUGCCCUCGCCGCCGAGCUGCCAGUUACGUAUGACGAGGGGCUGGGGCUGUAUCUUUGGAACACGUGGUCUAUCGACUACCAUCGCAUAGUACAGUCCGCAUCCGCCCUGACCUUUACUUUCAUUGACCCAAACAACUCAAACUUGCGUGGUGUCAUCAACAUAUCCGUCCCUUUCAUGCACCUCAACCUCACUCUCGAGGAGCCGCUCGUGGACCAGCCUACGGCAUAUUUUCCGUGCUACGCAAUUACGCAUAACGACAAGUUCGCGCUGGGGAGAGCAUUUCUGCAGGAUGCGUUCAUAGGGGCCAACUUCGAGAAGGCCGUGUACUUUUUGGCGCAGGCCCCAGGGGCCGGCAGCGGGUAUCCAGACAUCAAAGUCAUAGAGAGAGAGUCAACGACCCUGAAGACUAGUGGUGGGGACUGGACUAUCACGUGGCAGGGGAUUUGG